AUGGAAGCAAUAGGUCGCAAAUUAGAAUUAGGAAUAUUCCGUACAAGUAAACCUAUUAAAGAAGAUAAAAAGAAUGAUGGCAAGAAAGAGAAAAUUAAAAAACGUUCAGCAGAACGUAAAGUUCUUCGAUCUUCGACUAAUAGUCCGACCAAACCUUCUGAUGCUCCUUUAACUCAAACACUGCUGAUGAUGAAGAAAAGAGAAAAAGAAUGUUUUGCAAAUGCUACGGUUCAAAAGGAUUCCAUUUGUCGAGAAGCUGCUCACAAGACGAUCUCUGUUCCAAUCAUCAUUCCUCAUAUAUCUCAAGAAAAAGCUCAGCUAACAGUUGCAGCACCGAAAAAGACUUCUUCUUUGACUUCUUCUGAAACUAAGAAAUCGGAUAAGAAAGCGAAAAUCUGCGACGAGUCGAAUCCCGUUACAAACGGUUCUUACUCUCAAUUAGUUGAAUUGAAGUUAGCUGAGUUAGCCGAACAAGCUGAGCAUUUGGCUCGAGCCUUACGAAAGACAUCAAACGACGAUAUCGAUUGCGACGACGACAAUUCAUCAAAUAAGGAACAAUUAUCUGAGACGACGACACAGUUCGACGUCGAUUCUGCCACUUUAGAUACAAGUGAAGAAGACGAAAAGAAUAAACGAAAUAUUCUGAAAGUUGAGAUUGCUGCUCCUGUUGUUAAAGCUUCUGAACAGCUUAGCUUACAAUCACCUAAAUCAUCGAAAGAGCCUAAUAAGGAAAGCAGCAAGAAGACUGUCUCUCACAAUUCCAAAGCUACAAAUCAAGAUUCUUCACGUAUUGUCACGAACAGUGAUAACUUUGAUUUAAAGCGAUUAGCAGAAGCUACUAAAUCGUUGCUCGAAUUAGCUGAUAAUCAAGGAGAAACGAAACCGUUUGCUCCAUCUGAUUCUGAAGCCGAAAUGAGAGCACGUAGAAUUCCUCCAGCAAUGUCCACAUCGGAAAUUCAUCUUACUGAUCGUGGUAGAGAAAGCUUAGCUGAUCGUUUAUCAAAAGGAUUACAUGAUCUUACUCAUGGAUCAACAGACCGUCUCCAAAAAUGGAAAACGAAACUACAUACAGGACGUCGAGCUAAAGAUCAGAGUGAACCUCCUCCUACUAACAGAUCACAAUAUUCCUCAACAAUGCCAGCAACUGAUGUUCUUCUGGAUUGGACGUCUGUACGAUCGCCUCGACCUCUCCAUUCAUCCAAAUCCGCAACGAAUGCUCUCAAAGACAACAUUAUAUCACCUAUUGAUGGAAUGGAGCAUAGAACCUUAAAGUCAAAAGAGAAUUCAGUCAGUCAAAAAGAUCUCACUUUUCACUAUCAAAAUAUGAAUAGUUUACAAAAAAUUAUGAACACAAUGGAUAAUUUCGCUAAGACUUCACAAUUCAAUCUACCUCCACCUGUUCGAAUAACACCACAUUCGGGUGUUAAACCAACUGGAGACGAUAUACUUCGGCCUAUUGCAUUCCGACCUGUUACAAACCAAACAUUUGAAGAUUACAAACUACGUCAAUCACAAGAUAUGAGGAAUUUUGAAAGACAAGUCAUUCGAGGCGAUGCUAAUAAGAAUGCUUCUUACAUAUGUAACUCGAACAAUCAAGUUCAACGUCCUCGACAGAUUUAUCAACAAACAACCAAUUUCCCUGUUUCGAACAAGCCAAUCGAAAACGAAUAUGACACAGUGCCAGAGUAUUUGGAAAAAGAAAAGUUUAGUGAUUUUUGUUCGAGUGGCUCUGAUUAUGGAUCGUUUGUUCCACCCAAACUUACCUCUUCCAUGGCAUCCAGUGGAACUGGAAGUAGUCAUUUAAGCAGUCCUUCCAGUACAAACAAGAAGCCAUCAUUGGGAAGAAGUGCGUCUGGAGUUCAUAUCACUCCUUCACCUAGUGAUUCGGGAAUUGUUGAUUUUGAAGCCGUAAUUCGUGACAAAGAAAAUGAACUGCGAGAAGUUCGUUCAACUAUGGAACAGAAUGAGGAGAUUAUUGUAAAAGUUUAUCAAGAGAAGGAGAAGUUAUGGAAAGAAGAAUUAGACCAGCUUCGUCAACGGCUGGCUGCUGCCGAACGUGGCGAACAAGGUCUUCGAACUCAGCUUGCCGGUUGUCAGAGACAAACGGAAACCCUCACAAGGACAGUGGAAGGCUUAAGAGACGAGAAGUCGGGAUUGCUCAGAAAGUGUUUCCAAAUAGAACGGGAGCUUGCAUCAAUGAAAUCCCAUUUUGAUAAGCCACGAGUCUGCGAAGAAUGUAAUAGAAGAGAAAAACCUAUACCAGCUCCACGCCAGCAGAAAGAUUCCGAUACGAGCAUUAGAUCAGAAGUUUCAUCAUUACGUGAUGAAGUGGCUACUCUAAAAGAAGCUCUGCAAGAACAGAUGAAAAUGUUUUCAAGUGAAAGAAAGGGUUGGGAAGAUAAGCAGACAAACGGACAAACUAAUGAUGUGAGGGAUCGAUUGAUAUGA